AUGGGAUGCAUUAAGAUGGAAACAUGUACGAAAAAGAGUACAGAUAUAUUUCAAAAAUAUUCUACACAAUUGAUAUAUAUAUUAACUAAUUUAGGUUAUACAAUUGGUUGUCUAGUCAUUGAUACUUAUCUAGGUUUUAGUACAACAUUGUCUGAUAUUUAUACAGCAAUGAAGAUAUCUAAUGAUUCAAUAUCAAUUCUUGAUCAACCAAUAAUGAUAAAUGUAUAUGUUAAUCAAGUCGAUAUAGGUCUAGCUACUAUUAAUAUCUUAGUUGUAUUUGUUAUGUUUUGA